AUGUACCUGACAACCUCAUACAUCAAACUUGAACUAGUUGAUGCAGCUCUUUGCAAUGCUCUCAAUAUUUCCGAAGAUCAGCACUUGUACAUGUAUACAAGCUCUCUGAAAGUGAACUAUAGUAAUCAUACAGCGUUCGCCAGCUAUCCGGGAUAUAAUGAAUUUCGAAGUGAGGACGAGAAAAAACAAAUGGUGGCGGAGGUGGUCAGUACGGAGCCAGAGCCCGCACAGAAGACUUCGGAAACACAAACUGAUCCUAUAGAGAGGCCAAUGGCUCGCAGGACAUUGCCGAGGACGAUUUCCAUUUACGACUUUCCAUCGAUGAAAAACUCCACGAUAAUUUCGCGCAAGGAAUUAUCAGAUGACUAUGAUCCGGAGCCUGGAACUUCUGCAGUUCUACAAAAGGUCGUUGAGAAGUCAUGCUCACUUGAGGCGUGUGAUUAUAUUCAGGACAAAAAAGCCUCACCGAUACCGGUGGCACUUGUGCACCCUUUACCCUCUUCGCCAACAGGAGUCUGGGUGAGAAAGAAACCUACGAGGAAGCUGGGUUGCGUGAUGUUCCACAACGAGUUCCCAUUUCCGACGAAAGAACUGGAAGUUCCACAAAAAAGUCCAGCUUUCGAUCGAAAAAAGGUUAUUGAGCAACUAAUCUUGGAUUUGGUGAAGGACCCAAUGGAUGACGAUAAUUCUCCAGAGGAGCUGAUAAAGCCACCACGACGAGCUCAUUCGGAAAGUCGAAUGAGCAUCGAGAGACGGAAAUUGGAGACUGACGACGACAGCCUUCUACACCGUCUCAAGCUCAACUAUUUCAACUCACCCGACUACACUAUCGCCGAGUUACGGGAAAUUAACUCCGACUGA